AUUUACACUAGAAAACAACAAAAAAAGAACAAAUUCGACUUUUAUAACACUUUCAACCCCUUAAUACAUUACUUACCUAAUAUUUACCUUUUCUCCUACAGUUCAUAUUAUCAAUUUUUGUCAAUUUUUAUGUUAAUACCAAUUUUUGAAAAUUUUUACUUUGAUAUCAAUUCUUACAAAGUUUUACUUUGCUAUCAAUUUGUUACUUAUUUACAAAUUUUUAUUUAGUAGGUUUUUAGUUGAAAGAAAUAAUAUUGACAAGUAAAAAUAGGAAUUAAUAGAUUCUCUAAGUUAGAUAGAAAUUAAUGAUGAAAUUGACGAGGAGAAGUUGUCGGAAAUUUGUGUGAACAGUUUUUUGUGUUUCGACGAAUAAAGUGAAUUUUAAAGCGAUUUCUUCUUUUUUGGUGUUGUGAACAAUGUUUUUCAAGAUUCUUGGAGGACUUUUAUUAUUUACGGUCACAGGAAUCUUUGGAAAUUGUCCAAAAGUACAUCCACCGAAAUGGGGCGCAGUUGAGGAGAAAACGUUGGAAAAUGGUUCUUUGCAGACUGUUUAUUCUUGUGAUCCCGGUCGAAAGCUCAAGGGAAAUAAAAUAUUAACUUGCACUGAAACUGGAUGGGAUCAUCCAGUACCAAAAUGCAUCGCAAUUGGUGGAAAAGGAAGUAAAAUUCGUAACGACCUUUUGCUUUUAGACGAUCCAACGACGACAGACGCUUCGAAGAAACGUUCUCAAUCUGGUAAAAAGAACGCCGAGCACAAGAAGGUAAAGAAAGGGAAGAGGAAGAAACUGAAUUUAGACAUAACUUUGACAAACAUGAACGAGACUUUAGCUUCGAAGCUCGAUGUAAGCUGCUCUAAAGGAAAAGGUCUCUUUAAUGCUCCUCCUUAUCUGCAAAACGCUCGCGCUCCCAAGAUUGUAAGAAGGAAAAAUGUGGUUUCAUCGAAGAAAAAUUACCUCGUUGCUGUAUACGAAUGUAUGGAGGGUUACGUUUUGAAGGAUCCAAUGGCAGAUCGCAUGUUUUGUAGCAAACGAAAUUGGUUGGGAACGAUGCCAGAGUGUAUUAAAGAAGAAGAAUUGCUACAAGAAAUAGUUAGACGUUGCGUUCCAGACAACGGUGGGUGCGACCAUAUCUGUGAGGACAACCCCUCUGGGAUUCAAUGCUCCUGCUAUGAUGGUUAUCGAGCAAAUGGAACAUCUUGUCUUGAUAUCGAUGAAUGCACCGAAGGGACGUCUGGUUGUUCGCACAUUUGUCAAAACGAUCGCGGAUCUUUUCAUUGUGAAUGUCCCAGUGGAUUUUCAUUGAGCGACGAGGACACUCAUUCCUGUGUUGACAUAAAUGAAUGUUUAUCGAAUGAUGGUCGUGGUCCAUGUCAGGAUACUUGUACAAACAUUAAUGGCAGUUACAAAUGUAGUUGUACUAAAAUUCCCGGCUAUAAAUUAUCACCGGAUAAUCACACCUGCGAUGAUAUUAACGAGUGUGAGGAAGAUAAUGCGGGAUGUUCUCAAAUUUGCAUGAACACACCAGGAAGUGUAUUCUGUUUAUGUAACGAUGGAUUUAUCUUGGAGGAAAAUUCUAAAAUAUGCAAAGAUAUCAAUGAAUGUGAGGGAGGGACAAAAGUUUGUGAUGAAUCAAGGGAGGUGUGUGAGAAUACUAUAGGGUCUUACGAGUGUGUUCAGAAACUAAACAAGUCGUCGAAAAUCCUUCAGGAUGAGGAUUACGAUGCCGAGGAAAAUGACGAGGAAGAUGACGAGGACGAGGAUUACGAGGGAAUCACAGAACUUCCAGGAUUAGUGAAUUGUGAAGAGGGUUUCCGGAGGUCUGAAAAUGGUGAAUGUAUCGAUAUCGACGAAUGUGUCGAAGGGGACGAGGGAGAACCUCACGGUUGUGAAGAAAUUUGCAUCAACGAACAAGGAGGUUACUACUGUGCCUGUAAUCCAGGUUACGAUAUUCAAGACGAUGGUGUCUCCUGCAAAGACAUUGACGAAUGUUCCAAAGUCGAAAAUAUUUGCUCCCACUCCUGUCUUAAUACCCAAGGUUCUUACGUUUGUACCUGUCCCUCCGGAUUCGUUCUAACCGACAAUAAAACCUGUAGCGAAGUUGCACCCAAAAAUACCUGCUCCUCGAUUAAUUGUUCUCAUCACUGUCAAGAUACACCUUCAGGUGCCGAGUGUCUAUGCCCCUCUGGUUAUCGACUCGAUCCUACCGCUCGAAUCUGUAUCGAUAUUGACGAAUGCAAAGAAUUGAAGAACAAUUGCUCUCAUUACUGUACCAAUCAAGAGGGUACCUUCCACUGUUCCUGUCCUGACGGUUUUGAGUUGAAGGAUUUUUUCAAUUGCACCGAUAUUGACGAAUGUGUCCAAAGCGACUGUGAGGACAGCUGUGAAAAUCUUUAUGGUUCUUACAAGUGUACGUGUCCCUUUGGUUUGGUAUUAAACGAUGAUCAGAAGACCUGUAGAGACGUUGAUGAAUGUUCGACGAAACACAACUGUUCUCAUCAGUGCUGGAACGAAGUGGGAUCGUACAGGUGUAUUUGUCCUCCGGGUUUUGAAAUUUCCGAAGAUUUGGUGACAUGUAGGGAUAUCGAUGAAUGUAGCACUAGACACGAUUGCUCCCACGCUUGUCUUAACGAACCAGGGAGCUAUAGAUGCACUUGUGGGUCUGGGACGACACUAAACGAGGAUGGGAAGAAUUGUCAAGAUAUCGACGAGUGUCAGAUUGGUAUUCAUGGAUGUUCGGAUGAUUGUAGGAAUAGUUAUGGAAGUUACGAUUGUAGUUGUCCGUUUGGAUUUGAAUUGGACGAGACUAAAAGGAAUUGUCGACCCGAGAACGGUUGUGUGUUAAACUGUUCGCAGGAUUGUGAUGAUUCCAGAUGUUCUUGUCGAAGGGGUUUUGUCCUACAAGCUGAUGACCGUAGUUGUGAAGAUUUGGACGAGUGCGAAGAAGAUGAACACGAUUGCUCGCACGAUUGUGUGAAUACGAUGGGGAGUUACAAAUGCGCCUGUCCGGAGGGAUUGAAACUACUGAGUGAUGGAUUGACCUGUGGGGAUCCGUUCUGUCCGGAGGGUUUUCGAAGAAAUGGGUCUGGUUGUCAGGAUAUCGACGAAUGUUACGAGGAGGAUCAUGAUUGCUCCCACAAUUGUAUUAAUGUCUACGGAUCUUAUAAGUGCACGUGUCCGAAGGGAUUCCAUUUGAAGGGGGAUCGUCUUAGUUGUGUUGCUUCAACUCAAUGUUCUGAUGAUUCCUGCCUUAAGAAGUGCAUUGCAGAGAAUGAUUCUUGUCAGUGUCCUUGGGGCUACGAAUUGUACGAUGGUCAAACUUGUAAGGACAUCGACGAGUGUGAGGAGUACUCGAAGAAUAAUUGUAGUCAACACUGUCAGAACGAAGAGGGCUCCUAUUCUUGUGUCUGCUCCCUAGGGUACCGUCUACACUAUGACAAUCAUACUUGCGAGGAUAUCGAUGAAUGCAAAGAAGGUUUUCACGAUUGUGGUCAAAUUUGUCACAACCUUCCCGGAAGUUACAAAUGCGAAUGUCCGGAGGGUUUGAACUUUUCCGAGGAUGCUAGAAAUUGUGUUAUUGACGAAAUUUGUCCAGUGAAUCACGGAUGUUCGCACACUUGCGAAAGAGAUGGGGCACAGACCAGAUGUGGCUGUCCGGAAGGUUUUGAACUUGACGAUGACGAAAAGACCUGUAAGGACGUUGACGAAUGUCUGGAGGCUUCUCACGUUUGCUCGCACAAAUGUGUCAACAUAGAGGCUUCCUAUUACUGCGAAUGCCCCGUGGGUUUUGAAUUAAACCAGGAUAAGAAGACCUGCGAGGAUGUCAACGAAUGUUUACUGAAGUAUCACUCCUGUUCUCAUUUUUGCAUCAACACUAAUGGAAGUUUUCUCUGCGCUUGUCCUGCUGGCUAUGAACUCAAGGAAGAUUACGUAACUUGCGAAGAUGUUAACGAAUGUUUCACAGAUCACGAAUGUUCUCACUACUGUCAGAAUUUCAUCGGGGGGUACUCCUGCUCCUGUCCUGACGAUAUGAUCAUGAAUUCGGAUCAGAGGACCUGUAACGACUCCUUAGACUCUAACUCUACCACUGACGAUAUGAUUCUCACUACCGAUUUUUCAAUGACAGAAAAAAAUAAUUUUCCUCCUGAAGAUAAUUUUACAGAUACUUUCGUUUCUACAACAGAGAUGGAUUUCGUUACAGACACAAAUUUCCUUCAGGAAUGUUUGAACUGUAGUCAGGAGGAUCCUUGUGAAAAUUUCGGUUGUUCGCACGAAUGCGUUCGAAGUAGGAAAAACAGAACAAUUUUGCAAAUCGAAUGCAGAUGUCCAGAGGGGUACAACUUGGAUAAUCAGGAUGGCAAGACUUGUAGGGACAUCAACGAGUGCUUUACAGGCAAUGAGAUAAACAGUAUUUGCUCCUAUCGUUGUGUAAAUACAGAGGGGAGUUUUUAUUGCGAAUGCCCCAGGGGUUAUCAGAUUGCUCCAGAUCGCAUUAGUUGUGAGGACAUAAACGAAUGCAGUGACAAUAACGCAGGGUGUUCUCAUUUCUGCAUCAAUAUCGAUGGUGGUGUCGAGUGUGCUUGUCCACACAACUACAAGUUGCAGGAGGACGAAAAAUCUUGUCUGAAAUUUGACGAAUGUUCGAUUAGUAAUGGUGGGUGCUCCCACUACUGCAAUAGUCAGGAAGGAAACUUCUUUUGCUCCUGUCCUUUAGGAAUGAUUCUACAGGAAGAUGAUUCAAAAUGUAUUUUUGAAAAUCCAUGUCUGAAUAAUAAUGGGAACUGUUCUGAUAUCUGUAAUUUCGUGAAUGGUACAGUUGUAUGUGAUUGUCCGUCAGGUUUUCAAUUAUCGGAAAACAAGUGCCUUGAUAUAGACGAGUGUGAAACUCAAGUUGAUAAUUGCAUGCACCAUUGUAUCAACAACUAUGGAUCAUUCGAAUGUAGGUGUAAUUCGGGCUUUGUUACCAAUUCUGAAGACAAUACACUUUGUGAUGAUGUUAAUGAAUGUAUGACAAACAACGGAAAUUGUACACAAGGUUGUGUUAACACUGUGGGGUCGUUUAAAUGCUCCUGUAAUGUUGGUUACACAAUGAAUGAUAAUACUUGUGUUUUAUCCAACGCUUGUGGUAUUGAGAAUGGAAAUUGUUCUCAUCACUGUCAUCAACAUCAGGAGAGGACAAUUUGCUCUUGUCCUCCGGGUUACAGAUUGGGAUCAGAUUCAAAAACUUGUGAGGAUAUUGAUGAGUGUGAGGAAUUUGAGAACGAUGUCGAGAAGGGUUGUUCUCAUAAGUGCGUUAAUCAGGAAGGCGGAUAUCAUUGCGAGUGUCCUGUGGGUUUUAUCCUUCUUCCAGAGGACAAACGAACUUGUAUCGACUUUGACGAAUGCUUGUCAUCGAAUCACAACUGUUCUCACAAUUGUUUGAAUCUUUUGGGAAGUUAUCUCUGUACUUGUUAUGAUGGUCACUAUCUCCAUCAGGACAGAUCGUCAUGUUUGGAUAUUGACGAAUGUUUGGAGAGGAAUGGUGGUUGUUCUGAUUUUUGCAACAAUACGGUUGGUGGUUACGCCUGUAGUUGUCCGAUGGGUUACGAAUUGUCAAUCGAUGAAAAAACUUGCAUAGACGUCGAUGAGUGUUCUAACGGAAUUGCCAGUUGCUCCUAUGAGUGUCUCAAUAUUUUAGGAUCUUGGAAAUGUAUUUGUCCAGAAGGUCAUGAUUUGGUUAAUGAUACCCAAUGUGUGGAAAUUGACGAAUGUCAAAUUGACAACGGUGGGUGUUCUCAUGCGUGUUUCAACGCUGGAGGAAUUGCCACCUGUAGUUGUCCACUUGGAUUGAGUCUCGUCAAUGAUGGGAAAACGUGCGCCGAUAUUGAUGAAUGUUUAGAGGAUAAUGGAAAUUGUUCGGAUACAUGUAUCAAUUUGGAGGGAACGUUCAGAUGUGAUUGUCCGGAUGGUUAUUAUUUACUGGACGAUAUGAGAACUUGUCACGAUGUCGAUGAAUGCAGUGAGGAAAAUGGUGGAUGUUUGGAUAUAUGUCUGAACAGCAAAGGAAGUUUCUUCUGUCAGUGUCAGGAGGGUUUUUAUUUAACAACCGACAAGAGGACUUGUAUCGAUCUAAACGAAUGUGAAAUUAACAAUGGUGAUUGUUCACAUAUUUGUGUUAAUGACAUUGGAUCAUUUCAUUGUGAGUGUCCGGUGGGUUAUCUGAAAAUCAAUGGCACUUGCCAUGUUCUUAAUCCCUGUACGGAAAGAAAUGGAGGUUGUGAACAGAAUUGCAAAAAUCAAGAUGGAUUUGCUGUUUGCUCGUGUGUUGAGGGUUUCAAGACGAUGGAAGCCGACACUGCAAGAUGUAUUGAUAUUGAUGAGUGUUCUGGUACACAUGGAUGUCAACAUUUCUGUGUCAAUACUUUCGGCUCUUUUCACUGUGGCUGCAAUAACGGGUAUGCUGUCAGGAAUUCUUCAUGUAUCGAUAUUGAUGAGUGUCUCGAAAAACCGUGUAACGGUAGUAAAUGCAUCAAUACCUUGGGGAGCUACCGUUGCGAGUGCAAUCCGGGUUAUCGAUUCGAGAAUGGUGUUUGCGUAGAUAUUGACGAAUGUGCCCUGGGACAUUGUCGAGGAGGUCAUUGCCUGAACACACAGGGUUCUUAUAAAUGCGACUGCGAAUCUGGUUUCAGAUCACAUGAAACUGAAUGUGUCGAUAUUAACGAAUGUGAAACAAAUAACGGUGGUUGCGCUCACGACUGUUUCAAUACUAUUGGAUCAUUUUUGUGCAACUGUCGAUUAGGUUAUACACCUGAUCCAAGGGAUAAGAGUCAAUGUCAAGAGGUAGACGAAUGUCACAGUCGAAAUGGUUGUACUUCAAGAAAUUCGAAAUGUCGAGCAUUGAAAGUUCCACUUUAUGGAGAGAUUCGAUGCCCGGGACAUUCGUCAGGUGCAUUAGAGUAUCCAGUGGGUGCACGAUGUUACAUUAGAUGCCAUAACGGAUUCAGACUUGAGGGUGCUCACGCUCGAGAUUGCGAGGCCGGAGGUCGUUGGAAUGGGAAGGAGCCAACUUGCGUUCGAGAAUACACUCCAUUAGAACGUCCCUUCUACUCAGACAUGCCGCGACCAUACAUCAGGUGUCCGAGUAGCGUAGACGUGGAACUUCCGUCGAGGCAGAGAACCGUUCGAGUUUCCUUCCCGCAACCCAAGUCCAACGUGGAUUGGUGGAGGUUCGUGGAAGCAUCGCCAGCCUGGGGAAAACAAUUACAAGCGGAUUUACCCGCUGGCAUCACUAUGGUCACUUUCACAGCAUGGUCUCUCACAUCCAAUUAUAGUAGUACCUGCAGGCUCAUGAUUCGCGUUCGAGACAAUGAAAAUCCAAAAGUUCUAACGUGUCCAACUUCGUUUGAAGUGAGAUUAGAAGCAGGAGAGGCAGGCCGAAUUGUAUUUUGGCAAGAGCCGACUUUUGAGGACAAUGUCAAAAUAGACAGAAUUUACAAAACGAGGGAACCUGGACAGCAGUUGUACCCCGGUAUUCACAACGUGCGCUACAUUGCUUCCGAUGCUGCCGGAAAUCGAGCUGAAUGCCAUUUCUCUGUACAUGUUCGAGAAGCUGAACAUCAUGAAAAUUCAGAGAACAAAAUUUAUAAGAAAAUGCUGAUUUGUCCAGAUCGACCGCCUCAAAUAGUGCCUGAAAAUUCGUUUAGAAUUCCUCGCGGGUGUUACACGAGAUACACUCGUAUGUUUUCUGGAACGUAUGCAGUUCAAAAUUAUCGUACUCAUUCUCGUCGACAGGAUGAAUAUAACACUAGAGCCGCUGCCUAUCAUCAAGUGCAUCCAAUUUUACGAACGCGACAACAGGAUCAAACACGAGUAUAUCCCCUCGUCGACUAUGAACAAUCUAGUCAGAGGGAGUAUCAUCUGCAGCAGUUGCAGAGCCAUCAGUAUCUGCAGAAGCAGCAGAUGUUGCAAAGACAGCAUCAACAGCAGCAAUUGCAGAGACAACAUCAACAUUAUCAGGGAACUGAUCACAGUUCCCGAACAAACGGUUAUAGCCGAGGACGCGUUGAAACUAGAAUACUCUCACGACGUAAAUGUUGUACGUAGAUAAAACAUUCAUAACAAAAAAAAAAAAAAACAAAAAAAAAAUGAAAAGAAACAAAGAUUCUCUUUUAUCAUCUGAAAAAAUUUCACAACUGACAAUUAUUUCGAAUUUUAACUAUUCUCAUUAACUUUAUCUUUUCUCGUUUCAUAUUUUUUACUUAGAAAUUUUAUUAACUAUAAAAUAUUUUUUUUUAGGUCUGUAAAGAAAAAAUAAUAUUUAUUUUCUACGGUGUUUAAAUAAUACGAAAAUGUUCAGAAAGUAGGGAAAAAGUUUCUUUUUUAUAUUUGAAAACAAUGGAGAAAUAUAUAAGAAGUAAUUUUUUCUUAAGAAGUAUUUUUCUCUUUUUCGUCUGACUAAAAACUGACUAAAUAUUUUUUAACUACUGAAAUUAAAAGAAAAAAAAACUAAACAAAAAUAUUGAAACAUUCAUGUCUGACUGAAAAUUACUUGCACUACUCGAAAUAUUUUUCUGUCUGACUGAAACUGAA